GACCCUUCUUCCUACCCAUAUCUUUCUUUCAAUCCCAAACCCUCAGUUGAGUAGUCAGUUCUCACUUAGCAAUUCAGAAGAUUCUGAUUAAAGUUUGAAAUGAAACCCUUCAAAGUUUUGAAAGUAUUGAGCUUAUCAGCAUCACACGAGCCCAGCAUAUCCCGUUUCAAUUCACACCUUUUCCGUCGAUUUUGCUCAGCCCAACCUCAAGAAACCGAUCACUCCUCGGCCUCCGCAGUCCCUUCUUCGUCUUCCUCGGAAGAAGACGAGUUUUUUUCUUCAGAUGUUUUCGAUAGCUCGGAUUAUGCAUUGGAUUCGGAUGUAACGGAUAAUUCGGGGAGCAAUGUUGGCCCUGAGCCCACUUGGGACGAGAAGUACAGGAAUGAAGCAAGGAGGAGAUUGUUUGGGGAAGAUAUUCCCCAGGUGAGUACUUCAAGAGUUUUCCUGAAGGAAGAAGAGAAAAGGAGGAGAGCUGCUGCUCUUGCUAAGAACCUCCUUGAGGCUGUUAAUAGGCGGGUUGUGAAGGAAGGUGAGGCGCAGGAGGAUGGUGGGUUGGUGAAGGAAGAGGAUCAGAAAUCUCUGUCUGUUGGGAUUUUUGGGGCUCCUAAUGCUGGAAAAUCUUCUCUUACCAAUUCCAUUGUUGGGACCAAAGUUGCUGCAGUUUCUCGCAAGAUCAAUACUACGACACAUGAAGUGUUGGGAGUGAUGACCGAAGGAGACACACAAAUUUGUUUCUUUGAUACUCCAGGUCUGUUGCUAAAGAAAACUGGCUUCCCCUACAAAGAUAUGAAAGUGCGUGUUCAGAGUGCAUGGCGUUCUGUUAGUCUUUACGAUGUACUCGUUGUCAUAUUUGAUGUUCAUAGACACCUUACCAAGCCUGAUCAGAGAGUAGUGAAAUUGAUUGAACGAAUGGGUUCUGAAGUUGACCAAAACCAAAAGCGUGUCUUGUGCAUGAACAAAGUUGAUUUGGUUAACAAAAAGAAAGAUUUAUUGAAGGUUACUAAGGAAUUCAAACAUCUUCCUGGAUAUGAUGAGCAUUUCAUGAUAUCCGGGCUAAAGGGAUCAGGGGUGAAAGACUUAUCACAAUACUUGAUGAAGCAGGCAAUCCAAAAACCAUGGGAUGAAAUACCCUUUGUCAUGAGUGACGAAGUUAUGAAGAACAUAGCAAUGGAAAUUGUUAGAGAAAAGCUGUUAGAUAACGUGCAUCAGGAAAUUCCUUAUGGCAUUGAUCAUCGACUAGUUGACUGGAAGGAAUUACGAGACGGUUCUCUAAGAAUUGAGCAGCACUUAAUAACACCAAAGAUUAGCCAACGCAAGAUUCUUGUCGGAAAGAAGGGUUCCAAAAUUGGGAAGAUCGGGAUUGAUGCAAAUGAAGAGUUGAGAUUGAUAUUCAGGAGGAAUGUUCAUCUUGUCCUCAUGGUGAGAGUUAAACAAUGAGCUCAAAGAUAAAAAAGAACAAGUGACGAUUCACCUAUAUAUACAUAGAGAAACACGAUCACCUGAGCAUGGUGGGUUUGGGGUUGAGGGAAGAAGCAAAGAAACACCACACAUCUCUGUAUACUAUGGCCAUCCACUAAGCUCUUACCCACACAACAUUUCUGGAAAUUGAGAAAAUUCAUAGAGGAAUGAAUCAAUCGAUGCAGGGUUGACAUCUAAAUGAAGGAUGAACUCUGCUUAAUUCAUCUUUCUUCCAUUACUGGAGCAGUUCUUUCUUGUUUAUUCACUCUUAUAGCGAGUUAUUGACCAUUAAUAAAUAUUUUUUUUAAUGUUAAAUUGGCUGUCUAUUCGCAACAUUUAUUCAGUAUACCAACACAGGAUCCCUCCAUUUAUUGGAUCUAGAUUCUAGACCAUUUAUUCAAGGUGUAUAUUGUGGUGGGAAUGUGUGGGCCGCCGUUGAUUUACACCAUAUUGCUCCGUGGGUAUUUAGACUCUCAAUUUGGACUCUGGACUCUGGAAGUGUUGUUUAUGUUCAAUAAUAUGUAUUCAAUCCCAAGAUUAAGC